AUGGGUAAUUGUGUGACAAACAGAACAAAAAUAUAAACUAAUCUUGAGAAACCCUAAAAGUUGUUUAUUCAUUAAGCUUUUAUAAGACAAACACUAACAAAUCCAGAGUAUAGUUUAUUAUGAAAAUUGUUAGAUCUCGUAAAUAGCUGUUGUUAUUUGAAGACAAUUUCAUUGAAAUGUUUGAUGAAAGUCCUAUUUUAGGUUAAAGUAUGUAUUGGUUUUUAUUGGGUUUAUAAAAUAAUGAAUAAAAGGGAAUUGAAUAUGAAACAAUGCUCUAAAUAUCUGAAGUCUUUAUAUUGGGAAAAUCAGAAAAUGAAAUUUUAAGAUUACCAAAUAGAGUUUCUUUAAUUGUAUUAAUUGUAUCAUAAUUUGGUAAUUUAAAUAUUAAAGAUGCAAUUAAAUAAUUUGCAUCCUUAGAAAUAACUUAUUUAUAGACAGCAAAAUGUAUGCAAGUGUUUGUUAAUAUGAUGUUAAGAAAGUAGAAUCCUAAUGAAUAACCUAUCAAAGCAUUUGUAGAUGCAAUUUUCUAGAAAGUUAAUGGCAAUGUUCCAAUCUUGCAGUUAAUUAAAUUUUUUGAUAAUUAUAUGACACAGUUAGAAGAAAUUGUUGAAGAUUAUUAUUAUAAUAAAUUUUUAGGAGAAUAGAAAUUAUUUCGUAAUCCUUAAUUAUAACAUCCAUCUCAUAUAUUAAAUUAAGAAUGGAUAGCAUUUAUGUAUUUGAGUUUCAUGAACAAAGAUAGUAAUAAAUUAGAACUUCUAUACUCUACUAAUGUUCAUGAUAGAAAUUUUGAAUUAUUAUCUCAUCUUCUUAUUGAAUGUUAAACAAGUGUAUUAUUCUUAAUUUAGUGUGAAGAAGGUAAUAGAAAAUAUGUUUUUGGAUCAUAUACAAAUUUUGAAUGGAAAGAUGAUGCUUAACCUAAUGGAAGUAAAGAAGAUUGUGUUUUUUAAAUGAUCCCUUAAUUUAAAGUUUACAAAACUAAAAAUGAUAAAUUCACUAGAUCUUAAUGUACCUAUUUAAAUACAAAGAAUUAAGAAUUAAAAUUAGGUAUUGGAUUUGGAGGUGAAUUAGCAAAGGAAUUUAGAAUUUUUUUAAAUUAAGAUCUACUUACUGUUUAAUGCAAAACUCACGAUAAAACUUAUGAACCUGGUGAAUUAAUGCUUUUAAAAUAAGCUAAAGUAUCUAUUUUAGAAGUUUGGACUAUUUAAUAGAUUUAAGGUACUACCUAAUUUAAAGAUCUGAUAUAUUAAAAGAUAGAUGAAUAGAUUGAAUUAGAAGAAUUCGAAAAUCCACUUGUUCAUUUAGAUGAAGAUAUAAGUUCCUAUAGAUCUGGUGAUCAUCCAUCACUUAAUGAUUCUAUUAAUUAAUUCAAGUAAAAAGAUUCAUGUGAUUGGGAAGGAGAGAGUUAGAAUGGAUUUGAAGAAGAAAUUAUAAUUAGAGGAGAUGGAUUUGAAGAAGUUAAGAAAAAUGAAUAAGGUUUUGAAGUAAUACCUUUAGAUGAAACAAGUGUAAAUAAAUUGGAGUAUAUUUAAUAUAGAUUAAUAAAAAAAGUACGAAUAUCCAAAAUCCAGAAAAAUUACCAUAAUAACCAUUAUAAAAUGAAGAUAAUUAAUUUGAAGAGGUUUUGAUCAAAACAUCUGAAUCUAUGGAUUCUUCUGCACUUUAAAUGGUUUAUAAUGUUGUUUCAGGAACCUUUGGACAAGUUGAAUCAGAUGAUAAGUAAGUUUAUUAUAAAUAAAAAGUUGGAAUGGGGAUAAUUCAGAUUGGAAAGGAAAUCGAUCCACUACUGCAAAACAAAGUCGAGUUCAAUUAAGUAAGGAUUUGGCUACAAUCACUGAGGAUCUUAAAGAAUCAACCAAUACAUAAAAUUGA